UUGCCAUCUCAGAUCAUCCCUAUCACUCACAAACGCGUUUUUUUUAGUGAUCGGCAUACAAAAUCAUGAUGAAAGGUCUCACUACAAUGUAUCAGUCGACUUUGACGGUGUAGAAAUCCUUGGAACAACCCAGAUACUUGGGGUGGGUAAAAAUAUGCUCAGUACUAAAUAUGAUGCACACCAGCGUUGUGCAAUUCAAGAUAUACAAGGUUCUAGACGAUGAAAUGGAGACCACAUUACUGGAAGGGGAGGCGCAGUAUUCUCUAGCAGAACUAAAGUCUGCAAAUGGCAUCGAACAAGAUGACGGGUUUUCUGUAAUUUUGCCUCCAUCAAGUGUUUCGUUAUCUGUUCGAUUAAUGCCUUCACAGACUGAAAAAAGGAGCGAUGCGGAUGCUAGGUGCCUCACGCCUUCAGCAGAUAAUCGCUCAGAAACCGGUCUUCAAGAUGUGGAUUGGGGGUCGUUGAGUGAUCGAGCAAACAGCCUCAUUAGCAGCUACAGACAGACACAUCGAGGUGAAGACAUCGAAGAGGCCAUCCGAAUCCUUACAGCAUGGUACGGUGGCUUGCCCUCCGACAGUGAGAAUCGCGCUGCUUGCGCCAACAGUCUUGCUCAGGCAUUCCAUAUACGUCUCCAGCACUCGAAUAGCAUUGACGACCUCGAGCAAGCCGUACAUUACUGGAGUAUAGUUCUAGAGUUAUCGACUUCUGGAUCACCACAUUACGUCCCUCUGGUAGUCAAUUUGGGAGGCAUGCUUCGCAGGAAGUUUGAAUGGCAAGGAAAAUUCGAGGACUUGAAACAAGCAAUUAUGAUGUAUAGCGCCGCUACCUCUAGCUGUCCUCCAGAUAGCCCAUAUCGUCACAACCUCCUCAACAAUUACGCCCUCGCGGUUCUUAGUCGUUUUGAACAGAGUGGAGAUCCUCGAGACCUGGAUCUCUCGAUUCAAACCCACCAAGAAUGUCUGUCACUGCGACCACCUGGUCACCUAAGCCGUUUCUCGACACUGUCGAACCUUGCUGCCGCAAUCUGUGUUCGCUAUCGUCAUAGAGGAAACGUGGAUGAUUUCACCAGUGCAAUGGCAUACCACAACGAAGCGUUAGGACUUUGUUCGGCCGAAAGUCCAUCUUACGCAAUCAUUCUCAUGAAUAUCGGACUCAUGUUGCGGUAUUCAUUCCAGCGCAGCGGGGACUUGCAAGACUUAAAUACAGCAAUAAAGUAUUAUAGCGUUGCACUGACAAAUUGUCCUGAUAAUCACCCGACACGAUCUUCCCUCCUCGCCAACUACGCGGGUGAUCUCAAUCUCAGAUUUAUGCAGAGUGGAGAUAUCAAUGACCUCGAUUAUUCAAUCGAGCUCUAUACCAACUCCUUAGCCAAUCAGUCCCUCGCACAUGCACAUCGCUUUUCCUCCCUUCAUGGUCUUGCGAUUGCUCUGAUGAGUCGCUUCAAGGUUUACGGCGUUCCCGAGGAUCUUGAUCUCGCCAUAACACACAUAGUAUCUUCCAUGGCUCUGUGUGGGCCUUCGCACCCAGAACAUAUAUCUGUGCUUAUGGUCUGGAUCAAUUGCCUUAUCAUACGCUACAAGACGCGCGGAGAUGUCGCUGAUCUCGAUGAUGCUAUCGAGCACUCUGAGGCAGCCAUAUGUGUCUGCCCGAGGGAGAGUACUAACUACUUUCCCCUGUUGACUCAUGUCAACAACGCAUUGUCUGCACGGUUUUCUCGCCGACAGGACGUUCUAGAUCUGAAUAGGAUAAUUGACUACUGCGACUCGGCUCUCAGAGAUGUCCCACAUCACGAUAUCUCCAAUCAGGUCUUUGCCAUGGAUCGUGCAGAUGCUCUCCUACAACGAUAUUUCCAUGAAGGGGGCGUGGACGCCCUAGACCAUGUCAUUUCAUUUUACCGGGACAUAAUGCAAGAUAUAUCUCGAGGACAUCAAGCCUUUUCCCGUGUCCUCAUUCAACUAGCAUCAGCACUUCAAGCUCGCUUUGAGCAGAGCGGGAACGCAGACGAUCUUAAUUGCGCAGUCAAUCACUAUCGUACGUCAUGCGAGGUUUGCCCUUCUGGUCAUGAUGACCACUCUGCUGCCUUCUCGGGCCUCGGAAACGCCCUCCUGCUACGAUAUCAAAUCUUUGGUCCCCUGGAUGACCUUGAUGAAUGCUUAGUUCACCUAGCUCAUGUUGUCGAAGCUCGUGCUUUGGCCCCUUGCCAUCCAGAAUAUCCCAAAGGUCUUGCCAAUUUUGCAUAUGCUAUUUUCGCCCGCUUCCAAAACCAACAUGAUCUUACCGAUCUGGACACCGCUGUGAAUUAUCUACAGGUAGCUCGGGAUCAUCCCAACCAAUCAGAGAGACGGCACAUUUUGACCUACCUUGCCACUGCACUUUCUGCUCGUUACAAUGAACGCGAAGACAUUGAUGAUCUGCAAGAAAGUAUCAAGCUUUUUGAAACAGCGCUUCCCAUGUUUGCCCCAAAUAACCCCCAGGCGCUUCACCUCCGCCGAAAUCUUGCUCGUUCUUUGCAGAAGAUGUAUGCAAAACGACAAACGAUCGAAGAUCUGAAUGCUGCCAUUACCCAUUUCGAGACAUAUUUGACAGUCUCGCCAGAGGAUCACCCAGACCUGCCACUUGCGUUGAUUUCCUUAGCAAGCUGCAGGCAUAUGCGGGCAAAAGCGGGCAAAGACGAUGACGGCUUUCAGGAUGCUCUCUUACUUCUUUCCAAUGCCAGCGAGAAGCUGCCCGAAGCACACUCAUGGUUUUUCCUCAUUUACCACCUAUACACGACCAUUUUCGGAGAUUACUACAAGUCAACAAAGGAUACUUUGUUUCUAGAGAAGGCAUUCCACUAUCACCAGUUGGCUUCUAGCGCACCUGGAAUCCACACAUGGGAUCAACUUACUGCGGCUUUGCGUUGGAGAACGGACGCCAAUGUUUUUCAUCAUACGUCAGCUCUGGAAGCAUACAAAACUUCUUUAAAGCUGCUUGAUCGUCAUAUAAUGGCCACUCCUACGGUUCAUGGGCGCUAUAAAGCUUUGCUUGGAGGCAUAUUGGGUGACACACCCUCACUCGCUGCAGAUGCUACUGCCUGCGCGAUCAGCGCAGGCGAUCUUGAGCUGGCAGUCGAACUCUCAGAACAAGGCAGAGGCCUUCUUUGGUCCCAGAUGUCUCGCUUUCGAGCAACCAUUAAUGAUUUGCGAGUCGUUGAUGACGAAGGGCGUCGACUUGCGGAUGAAUUCGAGUUCCUCAGCGCUGAGCUUGGAAGAAGGCAGUCUGACUCCUCCUCAGCUGUCAGGACUGUCACUGACGCACUGCGACGAACACAGCAGGAAGAAGAGGCACGUCAAUAUCGCCAAAUAUCUUCUCAAUGGGAUGUUGUAGUCGGCAAAAUACGGCAAAAAGAAGGAUUUGCGUAUUUUUUGAACCCGAUGCCCUACAAAGAGCUAAGGGCAGCUGCAAUCGCCGGCCCCGUCGUUAUCAUCAAUGUAAGCGUGAAGCGAUGCGAUGCGAUCAUCAUUACCAAAGUCGGACCUCCUCGACUCAUUCCACUCCCUGAUGCCUCGCUAGGGGGCAUUACUACCGUGUCUGAUGAUUUCCGCAAUAUCCUGCGGAAUACUUCAGGAGUUGGAGAAGAGAGUGUUAGAGAAAAGCAGCUUAUACCUGUUUUUCGCAGGCUUUGGGACGCUGUGUUGGCUCCCAUUGUUGAGGAACUUUUGACCAUCGUGCCGAAGGGCUCUCGUAUUUGGUGGUGCCCAACAUCGAAACUCACUUCGCUGCCCAUUCAUGCUGUUGGACCGUACCGCAAAGGAGCCAACAACAUACUCAACAUCUAUGUUUCGUCAUACACACCAACUCUCUCUGCCUUGAUGCGCUCGAGGCGGCGAAACGCAUCCAAGGUGGCGUCGAAUACUCCGUCUUUCGUUUCCAUAGGUCAAUCAAAACCGAAUUCUGGAAGUGGAGAAAAGGAGUUGGAAGCUGUAGGAGCAGAACUUGAGCUCGUCAAAUCCCUUGUACCAUCAUCAAUGUCAUACUCAGAGGUAUCCGGGGACGAAGGAACCUUUAGCGGGGCGAUCCAAGCCUUAAAAACUAAUUCUUGGGUACACCUUGCGUGCCAUGGCAAGCAAGACUUCGUUCAGCCGUUCGAUUCGUCCUUUGCUCUCCGCGACAAGCCAUUGCGGCUUUCCGACAUCAUACAAGCCGAACCAGAAAACCCGGAGUUUGCUUUCCUGUCUGCUUGUCAUACUGCGGUCGGUGACAAAAACGCACCUGACGAAAUCAUCCAUCUCGCCGCAGCGAUGCAAUUUUCCGGUUUUAGAAGUGUCAUCGGUACAAUCGCGAUGUUUAGCAGUAAGAUCGACUGCACGUAUGCGGCUAGGGCUCUGAAUAAGGCUUCCAAAGCCGUCGACAAGGAUCAAGUACGAAUGGAUCAGAGAGUUGUAUUCAUUCACAUUGGAGCAUAGCCUUCAGCCUUGCAGUAGAAUUGGCACUUCUGUAUUUUGUAGAUCCGUGGAUUCUGGUACGUAUGGAUUCGAGUAGUACAUUCAUAUAGAUAUCAUGUUAUGAUGGUCGUAGUCCGAGCCUCACGCCUGAGGCUUUGGCAUGUCAUCAGAAAAUUCAUGAUGGUAGCUAUGCAACUAUAGGAGGCACAGCAAAGUCGGCCGGCGUGUCAGGCUGGACGAAACGAACCACUUUCGUCCGAUAAAGUUCUUCCUGCUCAAUC